GUUGAAGACAGCUGACGUCAUCGCUGACGUCAUCAGCCAGCCAGAGCUGCGUCAGCGACACCUCAGCGCCACAUGUGCAGUCCCAGCACAGUCAGCCGCCACGUCACUAGUCAACUGCCAACUUUCACCAGCGCCCAGUCAGCUGCCACGUCAUCGCCCAAUCACCGCCACGUCACUGCCACGUCAUCUGCCACGUCACCGAAGGUGAAAAUGACCUUUGACGAGUCAACUUCAUCUUCCGGAGCUAUGAUUAUGCUCACGGCUACCAACUACACGCUAUGGAAACCUCGGAUGGAAGAUUUCCUUAGCUGUAAAGACCUUUUUGAUCCAGUAGAGAUGAAAGGUAUUAAUCCUGACCCGGCCAAGUCAACAGAGUGGAAGAAAAUUAAUAGAAAAACUAUUGGUCAAAUCCGACAAUGGAUUGACCAUAGUGUCUUCCACCAUGUUGCACAAGAAACCGAUGCUUAUGCCCUUUGGAAAAAGCUAGAAGAUAUGUACCAGGCCAAGACCGCUAGGAACAAGGCCCUACUGAUGAGGCGUCUUGUCAAUAUGAAGCUCAAAAGUGGAACUUCUGUUGCCGAACAUACUAGUCAAUUUCAGAGUCUGGUAAAUCAACUAUCUUGUGUAGAAAUGCCACUUGGAGAUGAAAUGCAAUCUCUACUGCUUCUUAGUUCCCUUCCUGAUAGUUGGGAGACACUAGUUGUUACUCUCAGCAACUCAGCCCCAGAUGGCAAACUUACCAUGUCUGUGGUCAAGGAUGCAUUGUUCAAUGAGGAGGCAAGAAGGAAAGACAUGAGCACAGAUGAGACUCAUGCCCUUGUGACAGAGAAUAGAGGAAGAUCACAAGGAAAACAACAAAGAAACAGUAGAGGGAAAUGGCAAAGCAGGGGCAAAAGUCGGGGGAGAUCAUCAGAUGGCCGGAAACCUUCUUAUACCUGCCACCAUUGCGGUAUAGAGGGUCACAUGAAGAAGAAUUGCUACAAAUUGCUAGAGGAGCGAGGCAAGAGCAAUUCUCAAGUGAAGAGCAAGGGUGGUGAAGCGCUCAUCACAAUCUCAGGUGAUGUGGCGUAUUGUACUAUCAAUGAUGAAACAUGCCUUCACGUCUCAAGAGAGGACACUGAAUGGGUGGUAGAUACUGCAGCAUCCUACCAUGUUACUCCCCACAGGUACUACUUCACAACUUACAAAGCUGGAGACUUUGGAGCAGUGAAGAUGGGCAAUUCCAGUUCAUCUGAAAUAGCUGGAAUUGGUGAUGUACAAAUAAAGACGAGUUCUGGGAGCACAAUCACUUUGAAGGAUGUCAGACAUGUUCCAGACCUUCGUCUCAAUCUCCUGUCAGUGGUAUGUCUUGACGAACAGGGGUAUGAAAACUACUUUAACAGGGGCACCUGGAAAAUGUCAAAGGGCAUUUUGACAAUCGCUCGAGGACAUGUUUGUGGCACAUUGUACAAAACCCAUUUGAGGAUUUGUACGGAAAGCCUCAACAUUGCUGAGGAGACUUCUCAGAAUCUGUGGCACCUGAGACUCGGCCACAUCGGUGAGAAAGGGCUGACUACCUUGAUUAAGAAGAACCUUAUCAACAUCGACAAGAAUGCUGCACUGGGUCCUUGCAGUCAUUGUCUGUUUGGUAAGCAUCAUAGAGUAUCAUUUAGUUCUACUUCAGCUAAAAGAUCAGAGUUGUUAAGUUUGGUACACUCCGACGUCUGUGGUCCUUUCGAGGUGGAAUCAAUCGGUGGAAGCAGAUAUUUUCUGACUUUUAUUGAUGAUGCUUCUCGGAAAGUGUGGGUGUAUUUCCUGAUUACGAAAGAUCAGGUAUUUGAGUGCUUCAAGACAUUUCACGUCUUGGUGGAACGUGAAACGGGAAAGAAGCUGAAAUGUCUCCGAUCUGAUAAUGGAGGCGAGUAUACUUCUAAGGCGUUCGAUGCAUAUUGUAGAGAAUAUGGCAUUCGACAUGAGAAGACAGUACCACGCACCCCUCAGCACAACGGCGUUGCUGAAAGAAUGAACCGGACUAUCAUGGAGCGUGUCCGGAGCAUGCUGAAUAUGGCUAAGCUUCCGAAGUCAUUCUGGGCAGAAGCAGUCAACACCACAUGCUACCUUAUCAACCGAUCACCUUCGGUACCACUGAACUUUGAAGUUCCAGAGAGGUUAUGGACAGGUAAGGAUCCUACAUACUCACAUCUUAGAGUAUUUGGCUGUUCAUCAUAUGCACAUGUAUCCAAAGAGCUCAGGCAGAAGCUCGAUGCAAGAACUAUCCCAUGCAUUUUGGUUGGCUAUGGAAAUGAAGAGUUUGGAUACAGGCUAUGGGAUCCUAAGGAGAAAAAGGUGUUCAGAAGUAGGGAUGUUGUGUUCCACGAAGAUUUGACAAUAGAAGACAUUGAAAAACCCACAAUGUCUCGGAAGUCAAAUGAGGGUGUUCAAGUUUCAAAUGAAGCACCAGAAGAGGACAAAGUGCAUGAAGAUAACUCAGAAACAGAAGAAGGCGAGGAGACAGAAGAGAGUGCAGAGCAAGGGGAGACACAAUCCACCCCGCCAGACACAGAUGAUGGUAGCUCUUCUCAGAUGGUUCCUACUGUUCGUAGAUCUGAACGAGGGCAUAUACCAUCGACAAGGUACACAUCAUCCGAAUAUCUUUUGUUAACUGAAGAUGGAGAACCGGAGAGUUUUCAAGAAGCUGUAUCUCAUAAGGAUAAAGAAAAAUGGCUAAUAGCAAUGCAGGAUGAGUUAGAAUCUCUGCAGAAAAAUCAAACUUAUGAGAUCGUAGAACUUCCUAAAGGGAAGAAGGCACUAAGGAACAAAUGGGUGUUCAAGCUGAAGAAGGAUGCAAGCGGACAAGUGGUGAAACACAAAGCUCGGUUGGUUGUCAAAGGGUUCCAGCAGAAGAAAGGAAUUGACUUUGAUGAGAUCUUUGCACCAGUUGUCAAGAUGACCUCAAUCCGAGUUAUUCUUGGCUUGGCAGCAAGUAUGAACUUGGAGCUUGAACAGAUGGAUGUGAAGACAGCAUUUCUUCACGGAGAUUUGAAAGAAGAAAUCUACAUGCAGCAGCCGGAAGGUUUUGAGAACUCAAAUGAUAACUUUGUGUGUAAGUUAUCUAAAAGUUUGUAUGGCUUGAAGCAGGCACCAAGGCAGUGGAAUAAGAAGUUUGACUCAUGCAUGAAGAGUCAAGGCUACAAGAAGACUACUGCAGAUGAGUGUGUAUACAUCAAGAAACUUCCAGACGGUACCUUCAUUGCUCUUCUACUAUAUGUAGACGACAUGUUGAUCGUUGGGAAAGAUGCAGUGAAGAUAAACCAACUGAAGAAAGAACUCUCUAAGUCUUUUGAUAUGAAAGACUUAGGACCGGCUCAACAGAUUCUUGGGAUGCAGAUCACUCGAGACAGGAAGAAUCGCAAGUUAUGGCUAUCUCAGGAGAAGUACAUUGAACGAGUACUUGAGAGAUUCAACAUGAAUGAUGCCAAGCCAGUAAGUGUUCCACUUGCGAAUCACUUCAAGUUGAGCAAAAGAACAUGCCCUACAUCCAAGGAAGAGAUCGGGGAGAUGUCAGCAGUUCCAUAUUCUUCAGCAGUUGGGAGUUUGAUGUACGCCAUGGUAUGCACAAGGCCAGACAUCGCACAGGCAGUGGGUACAGUGAGUCGUUUUCUCUCUAACCCCGGGAAGGAGCAUUGGGAGGCAGUCAAAUGGAUUCUCAGGUACUUGAAAGGUACCACGAAGUUAUGUCUUUGUUACGGAGGAGCUGAUCCAGUCUUGGAAGGCUACACAGAUGCUGAUAUGGCAGGAGAUACUGAUAGUAGAAAGUCUACUUCAGGAUAUAUCUACACUUUUGCAGGGGGAGCCGUUUCUUGGCAAUCAAGAUUGCAGAAGUGUGUCGCUUUAUCUACUACAGAAGCAGAAUACAUUGCUGCCGCUGAAGCAGGUAAGGAAAUGUUGUGGCUAAAGCGUUUUCUCCAAGAACUUGGGAUCCAGCAGAAAGAGUACAAGGUACAUUGUGACAGUCAGAGUGCUCUAGACUUGAGCAAGAAUUCUAUGUACCAUUCUCGUACAAAGCAUAUUGACAUUCGGUAUCAUUGGAUACGGGAGACGAUUGAUCAACAACUGUUGAGACUAGUGAAGAUCAAUACAAAGGAGAAUCCAUCAGACAUGCUGACGAAGGUGGUAACACGAGAUAAGCUAGAGCUAUGCAGAGACAUAGUCGGGAUGCUUGUUUUGAAUAUGCCUGGAAGGGGAGAAUUGAAGAAUUCAAUUUCCAGGUCAUAUCCAAGUACAAGCAAAUUGAAGAAUCCAAUUCCUAAUGUCCCUGAAGUUUCCUCCAUGUGCAAGAAUGACAAAGGGAUCUUCCAUACACCUAGGAGUGACCUUCCUUCCAACCACCAUUGAAGCUUCCUUCCACCUUCAUAGUACCUAGUUUUGGUGCUAUAAAUAGAGAGCUUGGAGAGUCUUUCUAUCAUCAAGUAAAUUAGAAUAGAUCAUCAUAGCACAACCAAGAAGAGUUGUGAAUAUCCUUGAGAGAUAUGUGAGGUGUUGUUUUGAGAGUUUUUAGUUAGAGCUUGUAUGUCUCUUCUUUCUAUUCUUGAAAGUAAUAGAAGUGUUUUUCUCUCAUAUUAGCACGAUCCUGUUAUUCCCAACAUGAGGGUCUCCAGAAGCCAAUUCCCCCGAACCUAGUGGCGGCCUCCUUCACGGACUCAAACGGAGCGGAGGUGUCGAUUUCCGCCCUAGAAACCGCCUUCUUUUGCUCCUCCGGUGGAACCUGGCCAAUGUCGGGACCCAUCUUGAGAUCCGAGGCAUGCCCAUUUUCCGCCUGAGCUCCAGUGGGGUCAGAAACAGCUGCAAGAAAAUCCAUUAUUGGAGCAAAACCCUAAGCAAGAUCCUACCAAACCAGAAGCACAGAAGACAAAGAGGAAGAACAAAAGAAAGCGGAGAGUGGGUAGUGAAUAAGUGACCGAAUCCCUAAGAAAGAGUCAACUAAACGUAGUUAACAGAAGGAGAAAAGCAAAGGAAGUGGUGAAGAAGACAGAAAAGUGGUAGGGGUAGGGAAGUGAUGAGUGAAGAGUGAGGCGUGUAGUUGACCGUUGUGUGAUGUUUUUCUCAUGGGCAAUGUACCGUUGGAGGCUUCCAGUAGGCCCCACUAUCGAAGAGCUUUAUCGAAUAUUGUGGAGGGAAUGCAUUUCAAUUCGUACUUUGCUCUAAAUUCUGUCAACUUUGGGCUUUCUCCCUUUCUCAAUUAAGUUCAUCAUAUCCUUUUCGGGUAGUCCCUGAAUUAAGUUUUUCUUUCUUUAUUUGGCAAAUUAACUACAUCAAAACAGUAUCAAACAGUGUAAAAAAGUGUCAAAUAAUGUUUUAAACAGUGUUAAAAUUAUAAAGUUUACCCUAAUAAUUUUUUCCUUAAUAAAUGUUAAAAGUAAUGGAGUAUUUGAGGAGUAUUUGGAGCACGGAUGGAGUAUUUGAUACUUUGAAAUGUGAAAUCACUUUUUCCUUUUAAAUUCGAUUCUAGAUUACUAAAGUACUCCAUAGUAAAGUUAAGUGAACCGAAUUUAAUUGAAUUGGGAAAACGGCGGAUCGGCCGGCUUUUGGUGUUUCAACGGAUAUUGAGAAGUUGCAAGUCAUGGUGACUCAACAAGACAUUUGGAAGGUUGCAAGUCAUGACGACUCAGUCAGCUCAAUGAUGAUAGACUUUGUACCCGUACGCACCAGUAUUUAGUCCAACAUGCAUGAUUUAUUACAGCUUUCAAAGCACUAAACUAAAAAAUUAAUGAUUUGAUAAAAAUAAUGGCGGAAAAGUCGAAAAAUCAGAUUUUAAGCUUGUAACAUACUCCGUAUAUCUGAAUUUGGCAUGAAAAGCUUUAGAAAAAAUAAAAUAAAUACCGUAAUUGAUAAUUUGCCAAU